AUGAUUGAAGAUGAUACACCUUCUCCAGAGUUUAUAAUAGACUUAAAAAGCUGAAUAUUUGACACGAUGAGUUUAUCCUCUCCAGACAGCUACUCUGCAAUGGAAGCUAAUUGCUUAUGUAAUGCUAAAUGUGAGUCACAGUUACUACAAAGUAGCAGUGAAUCAGAAUGGGACUCGGCUGAAGAUCUAAGAAGGAAACUCUGUCAUGCUAAAAAAGAAAAAUUAGACUUAACCAUUAAACACAAUCUGGAACUUUACAAUUAUGAAACCCAGAUAGUCAAGUUACGGUCGGAAAUUGAGAAAGGAGAGGCUAUUCGACAACAUCUGGAAUAUGAGUUGGCAAUUGCCAGAAAAGGUGCUCGUCUGAAAACAUAUGCUGUGGAAAAGGAGUUAAGGGAUACAAAAAUCAAACUUUUGGAACUGCAAGUACUGAAUGAAAAACUUCAUCAAAAAGUGGCAGAGACUGAAAAAACACUUCAUACUGCUCAGCUGAAAUGGAAAGAAGAAGAGCGAAGACUUGCAAGUGAGAAGGAUAAUAUCCACAGGGCUUGCAACAGUGAAUAUGAAUUACUUCUUAAAGAAAGAAUCAAACUAGAAAGUGCUUUGCAGGAGCAGACUAAUGCAGUUCAAAAUAUACGCAAGAAAAUGAAAGAUGUGGAGGUGGAACACAAUGACUGUACUGAGCUGCUGAGGUGCCAGGCCAGUGAGCUUGAAUACAGUGCUGAACGAGAGGAGCAGCUUAAAAAAGAACUCGAAGCGGCUACAAUGAGAAUAAGGAAACUUGAAGAAAACAUUAAAGCAGAGAGAGCAGCACAUUUGGAAUCUAAAUUCAAUUCAGAGAUUGUCCAGUUAAGAAUUCGAGACCUUGAAGGAGCUUUACAGAUGGAAAAAGCCAGCCAAGCAGAAGCUCUUCUGGAUUUAGAAAUGGUCAAGAAAGAGUUCAAAGAGGUAGAAAAUGCAUAUGAGAGAGAAAAACACAAUGCCCAAGAGAACUUGGAAAAACUCAGUGAAUUAGAAAGAGAACAUUUAUCCACAAAAAAGCAAAUGAAUGAGAAGAUUGAGCAAAAGAAGAAGAUAAUUAAAGACCUCUCUGAGAGACUAGGGAAUAGUGAAAAAACCUGCAGAGAAUUACAGGAGGAACUCAUAAUGGCCAAGAAACACCAGGUCUUUCUAACAGAGACGUAUGAAAACAACAUGAGAGAGCUGGAGUUACUCUUGGACAGCUUUGCUAUGUCAGGCCAGCGGACAGCAGGCACUUCUAAGGACAAAGAUAAACCUCCGAGCCUCUCUGUCCUUGAGACUUUGAGGUGUACCUUGACAGCUUACCAGAACAAGCUGGAAGAUAUGUCUAAUGAGGUUGGGAAAAUGAAGGCUUUCUGUGAAAAGAUGACAAAAGAACUUGAGGUAUCCAAGGAGGAAAUGUGUGCUUUAAAUCAAGACCUUAAGGAAACUCAGGAUAACCUGACUGAUGCCAACAAAGAGUUAAAUCAUCUGCAUACUAAAUGCGCAGACAAAGAGACUUUAAUAGGAACUUUAAAAAUGGAGCUACAGAAUGUACAGCAAUGCUGGGAGAAGGAGAAAAUACGUGCCACAGAAUCUGAAAAUGAAAUCCUGAAGCUUACCAGGGCUUACCAGAAGGAUAUGGAGGAGAAGCUAACCUUCCUCCAUAGCUUAUACCAGCAUUUGGUAGCAGGCUGUGUGCUUAUAAAACAACCAGAAGGCAUCCUAGAUAGAUUCACUUGGUCUGAGCUUUGUACAGUCUUGCAGGAGAAUGUUGAUGCCCUGAUCUUAGACCUCAACAGGGCUAAUGAGAAGAUAUCUCACUUAGAAUAUAUUUGUAAGAACAAGUCCAGUAUUAUGAAGGAACUUCAGCAGAGCCAGGAAGACGCUUUUAACAAAAUAGCUGAACACAUGAAAGCACAGGAAAACUAUUGGCAGAAACAAAAAAAGUAUCUGGAACAGCAGUACUCAGGUCUCCUUGGGGAAGUUCAUGCAAGGGCACAGGAAUUCCAACAAGCAGCAGAGAAAAACAAAGAAAAAAUUAGUGUCCUUGAAAAAAGAUGGGAGAAAUUGGCUCUUGAAAAUAUUUCUGUAAAAAAUAUGUUAAUGCAGGUUCAGAAGGAGCAUUCAUCUCUCCUGGCAGCCUGUGCACUAUUGGCAGGUGCCCUGUAUCCUCUCUAUGGCCAAUUGUGUGCUAUGUCUUUCCAAAGAGACUUUCUCCAGGAUCAGGUCAGAAUUUAUGAAUUAGCGAACCAGAAGAUUAGGACUCUAGUUCAUGCUCUCUCCGAUGCAGAGGGAGACAAUCAAGGUGAAGCAAAACUGAAGAAAAGAAGCUUCAAAGGCCUGAUCUAUGUAUUCCGAAGAGGUGUGAUUGUGGUUUUGGCAGCUAACAGACUUAAAGUUUUAGCUCAGUCUUCUAGCUCCCUCUUCUCCUGGGUAAAUGGCAUCAAAGACGGCGUUGGAAUUCUAGUUUGUAUAGGAAAAUCCAAAGGCAAGCGUAAACUGACAAGUUGUGAAGAGGAACAAGUUAUCUGUGGUGAAGGACUCAGCUGGUUUACUAGUUCUAACCUCCUUGCUGCAAUAAUCAAUUCUGUCACUGAAUUACAGGAUGUUGUUAACAAAACAGAGCCAAAGGCCUGGCUUUCUGGACGCUUACUUGUAAGUGCAGCCAGGAACUCCUUUUCAAAACUUAUGGACAACCUGAAUGUAAUAAUGGAGACUGUUCCACUAGGUAACAGCAGGAACAUUAGUUAUCUGGGGAAAGACUCCUUGGUACAGAGCCUGUCUCAUGGACUUCAUAAAGUAAAUACCCAGGCCCUGGAAGAUGGAUUGCAUGACAGACUACCCAUUAUGAAAACUGUAGCAUCCUUGCAGAAGCAAGUACUUGAAUUUACACAAAGACUUUAUACAGCAGAGAUGGAACGACAGUCGCUACAUCUAAAACUUGGAGAAUUCAAAUGGAAUUCCAAUGAGAUGAAGAAAGAAGCUGACAAAACCCAGAGCCUGCAAUCAAGCAGAACUUAUUUCCCUUAUCAGAAAUUGAUCACCCAUGAGAGAUUUGAAAGUGAAUAUGAAAAAUUAAAGAAUGCAUUACGUUGGGAGUGUCAGGCACAAGUACUUUUGAAUGAACAGACACAACACCUACAGGAGUUAAAUAAUAAACUGGAAUUGCACUUCAGUCAAGAGGCAGAUAAACCCAAUUCUUUAAGACUCUCCGAGGCAAAGAUGGAGCUGAGAAGAAAAGAUCAAUCUCUGCGUCAGCUCAAUAGACUUCUUACCCAGCUGGAGCAGGACAAGCGUUGACUGAAAGAGAGCAUCCAUGAUGCAGAGAGUGCCCUCUGCAUGGCAGCGGAGUCUCAAAAAGCAAAUAACCAUGAAGUGAUGAAACUGAUUUCGAACUUUAAUAAUUUCAUGUUGGCCACGGUAAUUUUUGUGUUAAACACAAUGAAAAACGGCUGCACGGCGGCAGAGGGUAGGCGAAAGCUAUCCGCGGAAGUUACGUGUCAGACACACGCGGCUCGGCAUCUGUGUCGGCACACUAACGAGCCGCUGCACUGCGCGGGCACACGCCGCGCCCGCAGCCCAGUUGCGCGGGAGGACACAAAACGCCUCUCGCGUGACGCUGCGGCGCUCGCCGCGGCCAGCAGGUGGCAGUGCGACACCGGCCGAGCCGCGCCGCGCAGGCCGGGCCGCGCCGGGCCGCGCCGCGCCGGGAGCGGCGGCUCCGCGGGCCGCUGCAGACUGUGCGCCCACCCGCGGCGUGUCGCCCGGGGGGUCCGCGGUGACAGACCUGGUGGCAGGCCACGGAUUGUCAGAGAUCAGACCUUGCUGUCACGGACUGCAGCAGCCAGGAAUGACUUCACCCUGCAGCUACCCAAACUGCACCUAGAGACCUUAGCAGUGGAAGGGCUGAAGGGCAGGCCAGAGGUUGUAGCAUUUCAGAUUAGAGCUAUGAUUAAUAGUUUUAUGGAUGUCUACCAACUUGCAAGUUCCAGAAUUGACAUGUUAGUGAGAGAAACAACAUCUCAUCAGCUUCAUACAACAACACAAAAGUCCAAGCUCCAAACAGCUUGGCUUCAUGAAAGUGAGAACUUACAAUUGAAUCAAAGGAGACUAAAUGAAGAGAAAAAUGCAGUAGUUUACAAAGACAGUGAAGAGAGAAAAGCUUUGUGUGCACUGGAGAAGCAGAAAUUUGAGGAGCUGAAAGGAUAA